CUGGGGGGGAAGAGGGGGGUUUGUGUGAGAUGGGGGGCGGUGGCGGCCACAGCACAACCUCCAGAGGUGACCGCCUGGUUUCCAUUAAGGAACUCUGGUCAGCAGUUUGGGCGAGACGGCAGAGCGGGGCUGGCUAUGGUGCUGGACCUCAGCCACAAUGAGCUGUCCUUCGUGCCCCCUGACCUACCCGAGGCCCUGGAGGAGCUGCACCUGCAGGGCAACCGCAUCGGCCACGUGGGCCCUGAAGCCUUUCUCAGUACACCACGCCUGCGUGCCCUCUUCCUCAGGGCCAACAGGCUUCACAUGACCAGCAUCGCACCUGAGGCCUUCCUGGGCCUCCUGCACCUGCGCGUAGUGGACACGAUGGGGAACCCCGAGCCUGUCUUGGUCCACCUGCCGCCCACAGCCCCACGCCAGCCACGGGCAGCAGGCCCCUGAGCCUCGAGGAGCCCGGUAGAAUGGCCCAGAUCCCUGAGGCUCUGCUGGGCUAUGGACUACGGAGACAGCGCCCACCUGGGGCCUCGACCUGGCUCUCCUGGGCCUGGAGGGCUGGGCCUGCCCAUCCUGUGCUGGCGGGGACACUGGGAGGGGCCACCACCCAGACACCCAGAGAGCCCAGGAGACUGGAGCAGACCACGCGGACACUGGGCGCACAGGCAACUCGGGCCCUGCUGGACGCUCCCCCGCUGCCUGUGCAGAUGGAGACAACAAUAAAGCCGAGCUCCGGCCUUCCCUGGGGGCCCAGUGGUCAAGAGUCCCCGCUUCCACCGCA